UCCUUUUCCUAUUGGUGUUCCUCUUCACCUUUCUAACUCUCCUGGUCCCAUCUAGGGUGGAGGCUGCUGGCAAAGUGCUAGUGUCCUUGCCCCCUACCAGCUACUGGCUCUGUCAACCCCCCUCCUGGGUCCUGGGCUCAAGAGGGUUGGACAUGUGUUUUUCCUGGCUAUCUCGUCUUUGGGAGAAGUUUAGCUUCCUGGUGAGUUUUAAGCAUCCUUCUUUACUGGCUUGAGAGUCUGGAUGCUCUCCCUGUUCCAUGAUUUCAGAGUUUCUCAGUAUCCCUUAGCUGCUUGACUACAAGACCUCUCACCACCUUCCAGGCUAUGAGAAAAGGGAAGAGUUUGGGGGCAAGGACAAGUGGUGUGGUGGGGAUAGGAGACCCAUGGAAACGGGCCUGAAGCAGAGGAUGUAGAGCUCCCUCUCUAUGUCUGUCUCUAUUUCUCUUGUUCUCACUCUAAGCUGUGCCCCUAUUCUUAGUCCUUUCCCUGGACAAGAUCUGAUAUCCAGUGUUCUACCCUGAUGAUCUCUGGCUCCAAAGAAAAAGUGUUAAAAGAGACGGGAGAGCCAAAGAGGGUGGUAAAAGAGGAUACGAGGGACCAGUCAAGAACUCUGCUUCACGUGCCCCAGGCAGCUAUGUACAAUGUCACCCGUUUCAUGGAAUCCUUCCUGCAUUUUGGUGGGAAGUUUGGGAUGGGAAAGACUGCCACUGCACAGCCCUCUUCACUGGGGCUUCCACAAUACGCGGACUCAAAAGAGGAGCGGACGCUGAGGCAGCUCUACGUGGUGCUCUGGACCAUGAGGGAGCGGGUCCGUGAGCUAGUCCGACGGCAGGAGAGACGCAAGAGGCGGCAUUCCCGAGCCCCCACCUGUGUCUCGUCCCCUCGAGUCUCAAAGCAGGAUGCCCGAAGUCCCCUCUAGGGGGGCCCCAGACCCUCAGGCAGCCCCUCUCCUCCUUCUCUCGUGGGGACCCCCAACUCCGGCCAAUGGGAGGCUUGAAAGGACCCCGGGUGAAGGAUCAGGGCAGCCGCCCGGGCUUGGGGCUUGAGCAAGGAGUUCUUGGAUUGCUCUUCCUCUGGUGAGGAAGGCCACGACGGGGUGUGGAGUGCCGCAGACCCCUUGGUGAGGGAUGGGUAGCACUUCACAACGUUUAUUCAAAUUAAGUAGAGUGCUGAAUUAAAUGAGAGAUUCGUUUC